UUAAAUAUUGUUCCAGCUCAAAGGAUAACCACGAUACAACUCGAUGGCGUCCAGUACUUUAUAUCGAGGAUGAACCCGUACAGCCCCGAGCUCAACUAUUUUCUCGCUUAUCAAUAUUGCAGGUCGUUAGGAUUACAACUAGCGUCAUUUGAAACAAAAGAAAAGGCAGAUUCAAUAACAACUUAUCUUACAAAUGCAGGAUAUAACAAGUACGAUUUCUGGACAUCUGGCAACAACCUCGGUACUGACAUGUACUUGUGGAUGAGCACGGGGCUACCUUUCAAUGCAACAUUCAACUACAUGAGACGCAUGGCAGUGGAUGCACCUAGUCAACACGCUGAUGAUAGCAUGGAUCCUCUGGACAUGCCGCAGGGAAGUACAGCUCCCCAACGCACAGCGAGGCAUGGAACCGAACACGUGAUGACCAACGGCUGUGUAUCCCUAAAAGCACCAUCGUUCCAUUGGGAGCCUCAACACUGUGGAGAGAUCAAGGACUUCAUUUGCGAACAAACACGCUGUUAUUACUACAACUACGGCUCAAUUCCCGUCUCCUCGGCGCAGGGGUAAUGACAGAAAACCGCUAUCGAUGACGACUACGACGACGGCGCACCCGCUCACUUCGUCGUCGCCGCCGCCGCCGCGCUCUGAGCACCU